AUGGGGCCGGUGACCUUCGGCCCUGCGCUGUCACUGGACCCAGGCCAGAAGGUUUCCCGGGAAGACUCGGCCUCGCCCCCCGGCGCCGCCAGCGACGCGGAGCCUGGCGACGAGGAGCGGCCGGGGCUGCAGGUGGACUGUGUGGUGUGCGGGGACAAGUCGAGCGGCAAGCAUUACGGCGUCUUCACCUGCGAGGGCUGCAAGAGCUUUUUCAAGCGGAGCAUCCGCCGCAACCUCAGCUACACCUGCCGGUCCAACCGUGACUGCCAAAUCGACCAGCAUCAUCGGAACCAGUGCCAGUACUGCCGCCUCAAGAAGUGCUUCCGGGUGGGCAUGCGGAAGGAGGGUGAGUGGUGCUGGGCUGCGAGGCCUCCCCCGCGGUCGGCCCAGGGGGCUCCUGCCUGCAGCCCCCCCCCUCACCCGCAGCCAGCCCCUCUUCCCAGAGUCCUCCUCGGUGUCUCCCCUGGCCUCAGAGCAGAUCCCCAGCCUGACUCCUUGGUGGCCUCCCUGUCCCUUCUGUGUUUGUGGAUUUGCCACCUCUUCUUUGAGUCCCAGUUUCACGGCUCCCUUCUAGAGUGCUGCCACUUCCACUGGUCCCCAUUCACUCCAGGCCACCUGAAACCCGCUGGGCCCUGCCUCUUCCCCAGCCUGAUGAGUGCCCAUAACUUGAGUCCCUUCCAAAGGAGGCAUCACUGCCUGCUGCACCCCGAGGUCAUGCUGACAGAUGCCUGUGGCCUCUCAGACCCGGCCCACGUGGAGAGCCUGCAGGAGAAGGCACAAGUGGCCCUCACGGAGUACGUGCGGGCCCAGUACCCGUCCCAGCCCCAGCGCUUUGGCCGCCUGCUGCUGCGGCUCCCGGCCUUGCGAGCGGUGCCCGCGUCCCUCAUCUCCCAGCUGUUCUUCAUGCGCCUGGUGGGCAAGACGCCCAUCGAGACUCUGAUCCGGGACAUGCUGCUGUCAGGAAGUACCUUCAACUGGCCCUACUCGGGACAGUGACUGUGGGAGGGCUGGGUGCACACUGGCUGACCUGCAGACCUCAAGGGACACGGAAUGCCGGCCUCGAGGGGCCCAGGGUGAGGGCCCUGGCUUCUCUCCUGAGACACCUAUUUUUUAAAGACUGUGGAAUGUUUGUCUUUCCCGUUUUUUAAAUGAUCAUAAAACCAAAAAGAGACUGAUCUUCCAGGCCCAGCUGGCCCCUCCUGGAACCCUGCCCAAGGAGGGCCCAGGGAUGGAGGGCCCAGUGCUGGGCUUGCCUUGUCCCUCCGCGUCUCGAGCAUGAAUUGCGGGAGGGUGGGGUUGGCCUCCGGGUGAUGUAGGCGAAGGCCUGGCCUCUGGCCUGGAGGGGCAGCUGCAUGUGCAGGCAGCUCCUCCGGACAUGAGGUCCACGUUGGACACUAGGUGACACACAUGAGGCCAAUAAUAAAGCCGUUUCCUACCUGUGUA